AUGGAUAGGUUACAUUCUUCCAUGCGCAAUCGGCUCUACAGUUUGCCACAGCAUAUUGGACAAAAAGCAGCAAUGACUGGCGAUGGAGAAGACAGCGACAAGGACACUCGGAGGAAAAGUGUCAAGAUGCAACAUCUGCCUUCACCGUCUUCCACGGGCAGUAAAAAGGGCAUCUGUGACACCAAAAGCGGAGAGACAGAGACAGACAUAGGAAGAUUAUUUAGGACGAACGUGAAUGGGGACUGUCGGAGAUUUCGGGGUAGCCUGUCUUCCAUCAGCAGUCGACAUACCUAUGAUUCAAAUUUAGCUGAACAGAGGCGCCUCAUCACCGAGACAGACGGCAGCCCUGCCGAUGACAACCCCAGCGAUGAGCCGGGUUCCGGAGCGGACCAGGGGGCACAGGACGGCGGGGCAGGUGCUACCGGUGGAGCAGGAGCCCAGGAAGCGUCUCCCGGCGAACAACCCAGUUUCAUAAAGUUAGAAGGAAUCGAUCAGAUUAUGUCGGACGAUGACAGAAUGUAUCAGUCUGGCUUCAUGCAAAGACAGCUGGGGGCGAUGCUGCAACCCGGGGUCAACAAGUUCUCCCUCCGAAUGUUCGGAAGUGAGAAGGCAGUGGAACGCGAGCAAGAGAGGGUCAAAUCGGCGGGCUUUUGGAUCAUCCACCCGUACAGUGACUUCAGGUUCUACUGGGAUCUGAUCAUGCUGCUGCUGAUGGUGGGGAACCUGAUCAUCAUCCCGGUGGGCAUUACGUUCUUCAAGGACGAGCACACGCCCGCCUGGAUCGUCUUCAACGUGCUGUCCGACACCUUCUUCUUGGUGGACCUGGUGCUCAACUUCCGCACGGGCAUAGUGAAGGAAGACAGCACCGAGAUUGUCCUGGACCCGCAGGAGAUAAAGCGGCGCUACCUACGCAGCUGGUUCGCUGUCGAUUUUAUCUCCUCCAUCCCCGUCGACUACAUCUUCCUCAUCGUGGAGACGCGCAUCGACUCGGACUUCUACAAGACGGCGCGUGCCCUCAGGAUCGUACGCUUCAUGAAGAUCCUCAGCCUGCUGCGUCUGCUUCGCCUGUCAAGACUCAUACGCUACAUCCACCAGUGGGAGGAGAUUUUCCACAUGACGUAUGACCUGGCGAGCGCCAUGGUGCGCAUUGUCAACCUGAUCGGCAUGAUGCUGCUGCUGUGCCACUGGGAUGGAUGCCUCCAGUUCCUGGUACCCAUGCUGCAGGACUUCCCUGCUGACUGCUGGGUCUCCAAGAACAAGAUGGUGAACGACACAUGGGGGCAGCAGUACUCGUACGCCCUGUUCAAAGCCAUGAGCCACAUGCUGUGCAUCGGCUACGGUAUGUACCCGCCUGUGGGUAUGACGGACGUGUGGCUGACCAUCCUCAGCAUGAUCGUGGGUGCCACCUGCUACGCCAUGUUUGUGGGACACGCCACUGCUCUCAUCCAGUCCCUCGACUCCUCACGCCGCCAGUACCAGGAGAAGUACAAGCAGGUGGAGCAGUACAUGUCCUUCCACAAGCUUCCGGCGGACAUGCGGCAGCGUAUCCAUGACUACUACGAGCACCGCUACCAGGGCAAGAUGUUUGACGAGGAGAGCAUCCUGGGCGAGUUGAAUGAGCCGCUGCGAGAGGAGAUAAUUAGUUUUAACUGUCGGAAGCUGGUCGCCACCAUGCCCCUGUUUGCUAACGCGGACCCGAACUUUGUGACGUCCAUGCUGACGAAGCUACGCUUCGAGGUGUUCCAGCCGGGAGACUACAUCAUCAGGGAGGGCAUGGUGGGCAAAAAGAUGUACUUCAUCCAGCAUGGGGUGCUCAGCGUGCUCACCAAGGGCAGCAAAGAGACCAAGAUCUCCGACGGAUCCUACUUUGGAGAAAUCUGCUUGCUAACCCGCGGGCGGCGGACGGCCAGCGUGCGGGCGGAGACGCAUUCGCGGUUCUACCGCCCCGCCGACCACUUCAACGAGGUGCUGGAGGAGUACCCCAUGAUGAGACGCGCCUUCGAGACCGUGGCGCUGGACCGCCUGGACCGCAUAGGAAAGAGGAACUCCAUCCUCCAGCACAAGGUGCAGCACGACCUGAACUCUGGGGCUUUAAACUACCAGGAGAACGAGAUCAUCCAGCAGAUUGUGCAGCACGACCGUGACAUGGCACAUUGUGCCCACCUCAUCCCCACCAACACGCCCAUGGGGGGGCCCCCGCUCUCGGCCCCGACACACCCCCCCAUCUGGGCUCCCAGGCAUCCAGGCAGGCCUGCAGGGCGACCACCUCCGGGCGGGCUAUUGGCGCCUCGCCACCCGCACCUGCACCAAACCUUCUACCGCCCGCCCGCUGCCCCGCACGGCUCGCUGAAGGGCCGCCCCAACACAAUGCGUAGGUUUCCGCUCGGGGCGUCCUCCUCGCUGGCUGGACCCGCAUCCGUCCCCACGGCAACCGCCUCCACCUCCGCCGCCCCAUCUCAGUUCUCAUCGGGGGUUGAGACGCCCAUCCUGGACUCGCUCAGGGCCAAGCGUGCCUCUUCAGCAUCGCUCACCUCCAUCCCCCACUUCCCUGCCGCCACCACCACUACCACCACCACCUGCACCACCACUGUCACUUCCCCCUCCUCGCAGCCAGGGGGCACCAGUGUGCUUUUCCCCCAGAGACAGCCGCCCCCCGCCUGUGUGUCCACCUCCUCCAGCUCUGCCCAGCUGCACCCUCCUCCCCCUGCCCCUGCCCCUGCCCCUGUCCCUCUCUCAGCCCUUCUCUAGCGCACCGCUGCCAGGCUUCUUCCAGCAGGGGGCGCCAGCGAGAGGCAGUUCAGGCAGGACCCAGUUUGCUGCUA